CAAGUGACAGGGAUGGAGCGACGCGACGCGUGACCGCGCGUUCGGAAACAAUCCCUCUCCUCUGAUUCUCCUGUUGCGCAUCAGAUGAUGAUGAUGAUGAUGAUGAUGAUGCGCGUCUGACUGACCGCUGUGUGUGUGUGUGUGUUUGUGUGUGAUUGCUCAUCUUUCUUAUAUAAGCGCGUCCGCUGAGCGCGACACAUCACCGUGACAACCAGAGGCGGGAAUCACCGAAUCGCGGAGAUGCUGGCCGGUGUCGGUGCGCUUCGGAGCGUCUGGGCCUCAAGGACACGGAGAAAUGAGGAGAAAUGACGGACGGCGCGUGAAGAAGAGCGCGUCAAGGACGAACGGAGCGUCAAUUCAAGGGCGUUCGAAGGCGAUGAGGAGCCGACGGAGGGCAGCGCGGCGCGGCGGGGCGAGGCGUCCUCCGGAGGAAGCGUGAAGGAGAAUAUCCGUCGCGCUGAGGUCAAACCGACUGUGAGCUCGUUCUUACCGUUCAGAGAGCGAACAGACCGGUGUUUAUCUGACAGAAGAGCGACAACAGGUCAGUGUGUGUGUGUGUGUGUGUGUGUGUGUGUGUGAGGGAGUGUGUGUGAGAGUGUGUGUGCGCGCGCUGGCAUGGAUGGUGGCACCGGGGCUUCCGCGCGGAACGGAGACUCUAAGCGGCGCAGUAAGAGCAGCCUGCCGUCUCCCGGUUACCGUCUCUCCCAGGCGUCUCUGGAGGGCGACCGCCGCCUCUCCAUCAUGAGCUCCACGCGCGAUACCGGCCCGUUUCGACCGGGCACCGCCGCCGGGACCCCGACCACCCCUCUGCCUCACGCCGGUUCCGCGCCGCCCACCGUGCAGCGCUCCGUGGGUUUCGCCUCGCGAGCCGCUCUGGCGUCCUCCUCCUCCUCCGGCACCGGGAUGGUCGUGGUCGCCGCAGGACCCGAGACCACCACCACCACCACGGCGGCCGGGACCCCGGAGACCGGACCGGGGCUGGACGGAGAGGAUUACAGCUACUCGAACCAGUCCACCUUCAUCCAGAGGCAGUUCGGAGCCAUGCUGCAGCCCGGAGUCAACAAGUUCUCGCUCCGCAUGUUCGGCAGCCACAAGGCCGUGGCCCUGGAGCAGGAGAGACUCAGGUCCGCCGGAGCCUGGAUCAUACACCCCUACAGCGACUUCAGGUUCUGCUGGGAUCUCCUCAUGCUGCUGCUGAUGGUGGGGAACCUCAUCAUCCUCCCGGUGGGCAUCACCUUCUUCAAGGAUGAGAACACUCCUCCGUGGAUCAUCUUUAACGUGGUGUCAGACACGCUCUUCCUGGUGGAUCUGGUGCUGAACUUCCGCACCGGGAUCGUGAAGGAGGACAGUACAGAGAUCCUGCUGGACCCUAAGGCCAUCCGCCAGCGCUACCUGAAGAGCUGGUUCCUCGUGGACUUCGUGUCCUCCAUCCCGGUGGAUUACAUCUUCUUGAUGGUGGACCUGGAAGCUCACCUGGACUCAGAGGUGUACCGGACGGCCCGAGCACUGCGGAUCGUUCGAUUCACCAAGAUCCUGAGUCUGCUGCGCCUGCUACGUCUGUCCAGACUCAUACGCUACAUCCACCAGUGGGAGGAGAUCUUCCACAUGACCUACGACCUGGCCAGCGCGAUGGUGCGGAUCGUCAAUCUGAUCGGCAUGAUGCUGCUGCUGUGUCACUGGGACGGGUGUCUGCAGUUCCUGGUGCCCAUGCUGCAGGACUUCCCCCCCGACUGCUGGGUCUCCAAGAACAACAUGGUGAAUGACACGUGGGGCAUCCAAUAUACAUACGCACUGUUCAAGGCCAUGAGCCACAUGCUGUGCAUUGGUUACGGCGCUCAGGCUCCAGAGGGAAUGACGGACGUCUGGCUCACGAUGCUUAGCAUGAUCGUGGGUGCAACCUGCUACGCCAUGUUCAUCGGUCACGCCACGGCCCUCAUCCAGUCUCUGGACUCCUCACGCAGACAGUACCAAGAAAAGUAUAAGCAGGUGGAGCAGUACAUGUCAUUCCAUAAGCUUCCAGCAGAUGUCAGGCAGAAGAUCCAUGAGUAUUAUGAACAUCGAUACCAGGGCAAGAUGUUUGACGAGGACAACAUUCUGGGAGAGCUAAGCGAGCCCUUAAAGGAGGAAAUUGUUAGCUUUAACUGCCGAAGUUUGGUGGCUAACAUGCCGCUCUUCGCUAAUGCCGACCCAAACUUCGUAACGGCAGUGCUGACGAAGUUGAAGUUUGAGGUGUUCCAGCCCAAUGACUUCAUCAUUCGUGAGGGAACUGUUGGUCGUAAAAUGUAUUUCAUCCAGCAUGGACGGGUCAGUGUACUAACUCGUGGCAACAAGGAGACCAAGCUCAGCGAUGGGUCAUACUUUGGAGAGAUCUGUCUGUUGACACGCGGCAGGAGGACAGCUAGUGUCCGAGCAGAUACAUACUGUAGACUGUACUCCCUCAGUGUGGACAGUUUCAAUGAGGUUCUGGAAGAGCAUCCCAUGAUGAGACGGGCAUUCGAGACGGUGGCGGCAGACAGACUUGAUCGCAUUGGUAAGAAGAACUCAAUUUUGUUGCGCAAGACCUCACAGGGAGGAUCUGUAGCAGGCAGCAGUUUGGGACGGGGUGGAGGGAGCCGCGGAGGAGGAGCAGGAGGCGCCGGUCUGGGUUCUUGUGACAGUGUUCUGGUCCAGCAGAUUGUGAAGCACGAUAGCAUGCCUACCAUGCAGGACAUCGCUGCUGGCACCCGAGGCAGCACAGGAGGCACAGUUUCACCUCGACCUCACCCAGUGAUCUGGGCACCGCUGGUCCACGCUCCCCUGCAGACGGCCGCUGCCACCACCAAUGUGGCCAUUGCCUUGAUGCAUCAGCAACAGCAGCAGCAACAGUUGCAGCAGCAGCUACAACAACAACAUGCUCUUGGAGCUGCCAUUUUCCUUCCUUCCGCUCUUCCCAUCUCGCCAUCACCUACAUCCUGUCCGCUUUCUCCUCCCCGUCCACCCAUACUACACCCUCGGCAGUCACUCAGUUCUCUCAUCAGUGUAAUGGGUGGGAUACCUCCUCGAGGAGUCCCGUCUUCUGUAACUCCUACACCCUCGCCCUCUACUAUUGGACCGACCGCUGUGGGCAUGACUCCAUCAGGGGGUGGAGUUGCAAAAACUCCUCCUACACCUGCUUCAUCAGUGCCUGCCCCCCUGCAGGCUGGAAGAACACUUCAUUACAGUCUCCGUCUCCACACGGAGCCCACAACAUCACCUGUCCAUAAAGUCCCUCCUCCCUCUUCAGCAGUGUCCGUUGAAGGCCGCAAUGUUGGCUCCGCUCCACAGGGGCCAAAAGAGGCUUUAUUGCGGCAUGUUGGAGGAGGCAGCACCCAGGGCCUCCCCAUGAUUGGUCGGCUUACUCAGGAGGCCAGACUGCUCUCCGCCUCUCAGCCGACUCUACCCCACCGCAGCUGGGCGAGUGUGCAACCUCACCCGCCUCUCCAUCGUAAAGCAUCUGGAGGAAAUCUGCUUCCAGCACCCUUUGCUUUGUCGUCAGGACUUGCUAGAGGAGGAAGCGCAGGUGUUUUGAGCUCAAACACACCUGGUGCCACCCAGGCGCCGACACAAACACCCCUGCUGUUGACACAUACAACUCCACUCACAUCAGCUCCAGGAUCAGCUCCAUCACCCCUUUCCCCCUUCUCAUCCUCCCCGAAGCAAACCCCUCUUUGUUCCACCAACCCUCCUUUAUCCCUCUCUGCCACAUCUUCUGGUCUAGGGGUUCCUCAAACCCAGCGAACCAAACCAGGCACUGCGAUAUCUACUCCACCUUCAACGUCUCCUCCUCCUUGCCUACGCCCAUCUUCUCCUUCCCAGUCCACCUCCACCUCUCCAACUUCAUCUGCUGGCACCUCUUUGGCUCAGAAUUCCCGUACCAAACCCUCUCAGACUCCUCCUCCACCAUCCCCAUUAUCCUGCACCACCAACUCAACGCCCACCAUCACUCCUUCACAAACCCCCACCCCAACUCGAACCCCAACCCCUGUUCAAACCCCUAUUCAGACUCCCACCCAAUCUAGAACACCAGUGGCCAUCCAACCCCAAUCCCAGGGGCGGUGUCCAACUCCUGUCCAGAUCCCAGCAGCUGUACAGACUUCGACCUCCACUCAGAGUCUACUUCCUGCCCAGACUCCAAGUAAACUUCUGAGUUCCACACUGAGCCAGAGCUCUGCAGUCCAGAUGCCAGCUGCUGUCCAUGUUCUUGGUCCUCCUUCGACCUGUUCUACAGUCUCCAGUCAAACCCAAACCCAAACUACCAUACAGACUCCCAGCACUUCCUGGACCCCAGGCUCUCCUGUCAAUACCCCAGUCCAAAGUGGACCAUCAACACCUGUUCUGACCCAAUCACAGGCACAAGCUCCACCUGCUAAAGCCCCUGCUGCUGCACCAUCACUUUCUCCCUCAUCAACUCCAUCCUCAGCUGCUUCACAGCCACAGAAGCUUGCUGCUAGCCUAACUCAGACCUUAAACAUUAUGUCCACUCCAACCUUAAGUCCAUCUUCCAUUUCUGCUUCCACUGCCUCUUCACCAACAGUGCACCAGUCCAUCUCCACUUCAACAAAAGAGGCAAAGAAAGAGCAAGACUUGCCUCAGACACAGAGAGAUUCAGAGACAAAGAGACAGAAAUAUCCUGCUAAUAUGUGAGGAGGAUGGUGGACACUGGACAGAAGCUCCUAGUUUAUACGUGGUGAGUUCAGGAGAUAAGAUAUCACGUGUCAGCUGUAUCAGUUCAGGCUCUGCAGGUUCCAUGAGCAUGCUGUGUGCAUCCAGCCCUCUCUAGUCUUGACCAAGGGAAGGUCUAACAUUCCUGACUUUACAUUUAAUCAAGGUAAAAACAAAAGAGCAGAAUAUGAUUGGCUCAAAAGUAGAAGUAGAGUCGCUGUGUUAUCCAGGUCAUCUGGGAAUGUCAGGUAGAAUAUUUUUGUAGUCCUGCUGAAAAGACCAGAUUGAACUGCAGCAGUUGACUGGUGAACCAAUAUAUUCAUGUUGAUCACCAUCAAAACAUGCUAAAUAUAUUGGAUUCCAACCUUGAUUGUGGAGCCCCAAACACUGCACAUUCUGCACGUUUCACGCCUGAUUCAGGUCAUAAGCUCUUUAGUAGAGACUCCAAGACCUGAAAUAAGGUGUAUCAGACAAAGGAGACGUUGAAAAAGUGCAUUGUUCGGGGACCUCCAGAAACAGGGAUAGCAACCACUGUGCUAAAGAACCAGCAUGAUCUUUCUAUAGAGCCCUUAAAGUGAUAUUUGAGCAUAAACGCUGGUCUUUUCAACAGGGAUCUGGUAAAUGAAUGCUUUUUAAUCUUUCACAGAAUAGAUGCACAUUCUGUCAUUUGCCAAAAAUGUCUUAAAGGGAAUGUAACAACUGCAAAACUGCCACUACUUUAAGAUGCAUUUGCACAGCCUUGUUAAGAUAAAAAAAAAAACAAAUAUCAGAACACUAGAGAAUGUUUUAUAAGAUCAAAACCAUUUGUAGAGAUAUAACAUCACCUCCAGAACACAAAUAUCAUUUUGAGACCAGAUCAUAAAAUGACCUCUCUAAGCCGAGCACCAGCUAGGGAAUUAUCAUCACACCUUCUGCCAUUGAAUAUUAGUGACUAACUUUUGUCACAGGAUUAGAAAUAUAGCAAAUAUUUUUGCACUUCAGUUCAUGUAAUGUGUCCCUUGGGCACCCUACUGGAAUAAUCCGCUGGAUAGAAGUUUUAGCGCUUUGCAAAUCUGUUUCGAUUUCGUGUACACUGCCUGUAAACUAUAAAUGGUGCGUUGUGUGUUAAGCAGAAAAAUAAUUUGUACAUCAAAAACAGAAAGUACAAUCUUAACCAGUUUUGUGUACCUGUGUUCUCGUUGUCAAACCGUUAGCCAGUGAUUAUCUGAUCAGUAUGCAAAUCAAAAGAAUUCAAUUUAUGACUAAAAUCUCACUGCCUUGAGAAUCGAGUGAACAAUGACCAAAGGACAUAUGUAGGGAAUCGAACAAUGAAGCAAUGCUACAGGAUUUCUUGUGUGAAUUGAUUUUGGCUUUAUAUUCUCCUAGGAAAAGAGAACUUUUGUUGCUAUGGCUAGUUUCCAUUUGGUGCUUCCAUCCAUGCAAGAAUAAAUCUGCGGAUUCCCUAAAGGGGCACUGUGAUGGAACAAAAUGAGAUUACAUUUCAGCUCUCACAAAAUAUUAGCACUGACCUUAUGUGUGAGGCUUUGGUUAAAGAGUUUAAAGCUGUUUUACUGACAGCAAGUGUCAGCAUGCUCAGAAACCUCAAGACCUGAGUCUGCAUAAACUGACUGAUGUUUAAUAUAGGAAAAUAUCAACCUUGAUUUCCAGCUUCUCCCCUCUCGUUUCUUUUUUAGUCACCAAAGUGUAAUAUUUGCCCAUUAUAUAAUGAAUAAUUAGUAUCACAUAUGUGACGAUGCUUAUUUAAAUAUCUGUAAAGCUAUAUAUAUAUAUAUAUAUAUAUAUAUAUAGCUAAAUAAUUAUUUUGAUAAAAAUAGAAGAAAUCCGUUAGUAGUUUGUUGUCUCAGGUGUUUGAUGUUAGUUUUUGGAUGAUAUGACUAUAACGCUCAUAUUCUCACUCUACUGUAACUGAACUAGUGAUUUGUUUUCGUGUGUUGCACUAACCAGCGCUUUAGUUCUCUGCCUCUCUCUGUCUGUUAGUGUCAAACACAUCCGAUGCUUCAUGGUCUUUCAUCUGGACCAGCGCAGCUUUCAUCUUUCUCUUGCUCUUGUACUGUAGCUGCUUCCCUUCAGUCACACACACACACACACACACACACACACUCACACACACACACACACCUCCCAGUAUGAAUCUGUCAUGUCGUGCCCAGUGCUGUUUCUUAGUGUUUUGUGCCGAUAGUGAGAUUAUGUCUAAUUUCCCCUUCAAUACCAUGAUGCCUAGAUUGCACAUUUAAGGACCAAAUGUUUAUUUUUAUUUGUUCUCACAGCUUUAGCUUUUGAGAAAAAGGAAAUAAUAGUCUAUAAUGAUAAAUACAAUGCUAUAUUUAGACCGGUUCACACUGCGCUGACAGACACUGACAAAAACACAGCAGACGCUUCAGUUUGUGAGCCGUCGGUGUCUGCUGCCAUUGUUUUUGCCGACUGACUCAGUGUUUGAUGGGUUUCAGAAUGAAUGAGAAGGAUGUACUGUACUCCGGCUGUCGGUGCGGACUGAACUGGCCUUAAGACCAAUAAUGAAGAACAUGUGAAAAAUGAUUUUUGCCAAAUCAGAAUAAAGUGAAUUUAGAAUCUG